CGUUAGUAGUCCAGUAAUCCUUUGUCAGAAUAAUUUAGCGGAUGCGAUUGUUUAAAUAUUAAAAUAAAAUGGAUAAUUCUAUUGUACCAGAUCCAUUAAAUUUGGAUACGGAAGAAUUGUUCGAUAAAGUUACUUGUAAACGCAGAUCCUUGGUUUUUCAAUCACGAACUUCAAAAUUAUUUAUUGACGAAGAAAUAGAUCAAGCGAGAAAUCUUGAAAACGAGGAUUUUGUAUCGAUCAAUAAAUGUAAACGACAAUGUGUGGAGGAUGUAACGAGAACAGAAAACUUUGAUUUGCAAAAAUAUAUACGAGACCUUAAACAGGAAAGAAAAUUAUGGCAGUCAACGUUAAAGGAACGUAAAUCAAAAAGACGCGUUCUUUCAAAACAAAAAUCUGUUUUAGAAACAUUAGGAGAGAAUUUAGAUUCCAAAGCAUUAUCCGAUUCGGAAAGAUCUUUUCUUUCAGCUUCCCCAAAUUAUGAAUAUAUUUAUGAAAAUAGUCAGAAAUUAUCGGAUACGGCUCUUAAAAUAACCUUAUUAAAUGAAUUAGUAUUUAAGUUAAAUGAAAGGUUUAUGACAAGGAUGAAAGAGAAGUUGGAUAAGACUACAAAAAAAGUUAUUGAAAUGUCAGGAUAACAAAUGUUUUAACCUAAUGAGAUUAUGUAAAUAGUAAUAUUUGUUUAUAAAUAGGAUAAAACAUUAUGUAUAUAAUCAUAUUUUACAUUGGUUUAUAAUAGUUAAGUUAGAUAGAGUAUAUUAUUUAAAGUUUUUUUACCGAUGUACUUUUUUAUCAUGCCUUAAUACUGUUAAAAGUACAAUUUUGCAUAUGUAUCAUGAUUUAUGGUGUUUUACACAAUAUAUCAAUAUACAUAUGAAAUAUAAAAUGCUAAAAAAAAAAAUCUAAUGAAUAAUUAAUUUCGAAUAUUUAAAAUAAUAUAAACAAUGUCUUUGGUAGAAAGCUUUCCUAAAUGUCAUCACUAUGAUGACAGAAUUGUAACUUAUUUUUACAUUAUCCAAAUUUUUUACAUUUUUUAUAAUAUAGAAUGCAUCUUAGUAUUUUAGAUAAUGUAAAAUGGAACAAAGUAACCAAUAGAGCUGUCAUCUAUGCAAAUGAAAACUUUUUCUUCUUGCUGCUUUUCUUUCCUUCUGGGCCAGGUAUUCUUUUCUUGAUGUACUACUAUGUAAUUCUAAAAUAUGAUUUAUUUUUCUUACAAUUUCUUCUGCUGUCAUUGAAUCUGCUUCAAAAUCAUGAUUUUUAAAUGAUGCUGAUUGAUGAAGAGAAUGUGUUUGACUGGAUGAUGCUGUAAAAAAUUAAUAAUGAAAUAUAUCUAUAUAUAUAUUUUUUGUUAUAUUAGUGAUAUUGAGCAAAAAAAUGUAUACCACUUAAAUUGUCUAAAGUAGAAGAAUGUGGUGUAUAAACCAAUGUAAAUAUUGUU